AUGAGUUUGGCGAAGAUUGCCCAACGAUUAGCUGCCGCAAGACAGACCGCGGGAACAGCUGAAGAGAAGAAAGGCGAAGAGACCGGUCAGAUCAAGACCCCUCGGAUAGGCCUCGCUGCACAAUGGCAAAGCUCUGCCGAGGGCGCGGACAAGAAUCCGACACCACUUCCUCUUGAGGCCCUGGGCUCUCUCUUGUUCUCAUUGUCCGGCCACGCGAUUUCCACGACCAAAGAAUAUUUCAACGUGUCCCACCUGGACCGAUGUUCCCAGGUCCUCCUCGUGAUCAUAGACAACAUGUCGGUUUUCGACCUCGAGGAGAAACCGAAUCUCUUGGGCAAGCUACGAGAAAACGCGAAGAGGAGCGGAUUAUCAGCUGUCGUCAUGCCGGCAUUGGCUGCCGACUUCAGCACAGGAUCCGACCUGAGCCACGUUCAAGUGAAUUUUCAAAAGGAUACAGCGAUAAUCAAGCAUCUCCUCAAAGAAACCGCUGGAGUGCGGAAACUGAAAAGUCUGAAUGGCGAGCAUCCCAAAGCCUUGAAGUCUGGCGGAGCCGAUGAGAUCAAGACCGAAAAUUUCGACUCUGGUGCAGAGAGCUCGGAGGAGCCCGCGUCUGAGCCAACGCAAGUGGAUGCAGUUCAACGAUUGAAAAACCUGAAACUCCAAUUCCCACAACGUCACGCGCGAUUACUGAGGGAACGAUUGCGCGCGGCAAAGCUGGGGUCAGAAGAAAACCCGCCGAAUAAACGGCCGAAACUUGAUGCUCAAGACUCAAAUAAAACGGAAUCGCCUAUCACUCACCUAGUAAAAAAUGAGACGCACGAGAAGAAAUCGAAGAAUCUCGAAAAAUUGAAGGAGUUGAAGCAAGCGCACAUGGAGGUCCAGCAGAAAAUCGCGGAGAUCCGAGCAAAGGAGCCGAAGAAUGAAAAGCAGGUGCGAAAAAUCAAGGAACGGCUCGCAAGCCUCCGAAAAGACUCCCGUGCGAAGAAGCAGGAGUACGAGCUCGAGAGAACGAAGUGUAUCCAGGAUGAAGAUGGAGAAGAUGAAGGAAUCGAGAACGGAAAGUCCACAGAAGCCCGAGGGAACGAGGGAAACAAGCCGAACGAGGACUUGUUGAAUUUCCUCAACCAGAAAAAAGCCGAGUCCGAUGCGGUGAUGCCUGUAACUCCCGUCGGCACCGUGCUACCGCCUGGCAACCUUGAUUUGUCGAAGCCGGAAAAAUUCGAUCGCACACUACUGCUAUUGUCCGCGUCUGAGAUGAAAUCUCAAGGAUUCUUGUUCCAUUACAAGCCGUCUCUGCGAGCAUACGAGCCGGUCUCUUCGAAAUCAAAACUUUUUGGAGUGGAUUGUGAGAUGUGUCUGACAACACACAUGAUCAAUGAGCUCACGCGGAUAACAGUGGUUGAUGAAGAGGGAGUUGUGAGACUGGAUGAGCUCGUGAAGCCGAGAGCGAAGAUCAUCAACUAUUUGACGCAAUACUCAGGAAUCACGCCACAAAUGCUGCUAAAUGUGACCACACGGAAGGAAGACAUACAGAAACGAUUGGCGGAAAUAUUGCCUCCCGACGCGAUCCUUGUCGGACACUCUCUAGACUCCGACUUGAAGGCACUCGAGAUCUCCCAUCCAUACUGCAUCGACACAUCAGUCUGCUACAGCGUGAGAGGGUUCCGACAGAAAUCGAAGCUGAAAGUUUUGAUGAAGACAUUCCUCGGCGAAGAUAUUCAAACCGCCGGCGCCGCCGGGCAUUGCUCGGCUGAGGAUUCCUUUUCGGCCCUGAAGCUCGUCCUCCUCAAACUACAGAAUGAUAUUACCUUCGGCGACGUCGACUUGAAGGGCGAUUUGGAGUGGAAUGGAGUAGAUUAUAGCGAGGCGCUCGAGGAAGCUCAGCAAAUCGUGGCCAAAGAACGAAUGCAGCAGACCAUGUUCAGAGGCGGCUGGGCGGGGCGUUCCGCGCCACCGGAAGGCUCAUACCGAUACCGAUUCGUGAACCACGACGCGGAUCCGAACUUCAAUCCGAUCUCGAAGUUGGAGCCCCGUCGGGAUGGAGACUACUGGCGAAACAAAAGGCUGCUCUACAAACUCAUAAGGGAGCGCAAAAGGCAAGAACAAGCGAUGCAUGAGAUCAGGAGCGCGUUCCGGGCGAGUGAGAGGAGCGUUGACUCGAUCGCGAGGAGAGUUCUGAGGGAAAGUUAUCAGAGACGGAAAUUCGAGAGCCGAGCCCGUCAAGACAAGUCACAAGUCGAUAGUCUCCUCCUGGAGAAGCUGCGAGAGAUCGAGGAUAAGAAACGGGAAAUCUUGGGACAGGAUCCGAGUGGCUCGAACAACGAUACGAGCGGACAAUCCGUGGUGGUGCUCCUAGCUAGGAAGAAAUUCUUGGAGCAGAAGCUAUCGACACUGAAGGAGGGCGGAAGAUCGAAUGAUUACAAAGACUUCCGGAAAGUUUUCCCGAAGAACGUCAAGAAGGAGCUGCGGGCAAGUAUUGCUAGGCUCACGGAGCAGAUCGCGAGUAAAGAAGCAGAGGAAGCACAAAGCGCGAAAUCCGAACCUGAGGAGCCUGAAAGUGACCGAGCAGGCAGCGAAAAUGAGGAAGAUGACGGUGAUGAAGUUACCUCCGACCUGGACGCCGAGGAUCCCGCCCAGGAAACGGAAGAGGCUCCGGUGGGAGAAAAGGAAGUUCUGAGAACUCUUGAGGAAAAUCAGAUCGCAUUGGAGCAGCUUCGCCGCGAGGAAGCACUCUUCCGAGAGGAACUAGAUCGCGCAGCGUCGGACUUUUAUCGCACAACGAUGGAGAACAGGAUCGCCGCGAAACAUCAAGAGAGUGAAAUUUUAGCGCGAAAAAUUGUCAACGGCCUAGUCAGCAUAGACGUCGUCUUCAAGAAUGAAUCACUGCUCCACCGUUUCAUCGAAUAUCAGCUCUUUGUGUUGCGUAAGAAUGAGGAGUUCAUCCACAAACGAGGGAAACCAUUCGGUACCGUAGCAUUGAACCGACUGUACUUGAAUUUAUUCUCGGCUUGGAGAAGUGCGGGGAAAAAAUCCGUUGUGGUAGCCCCAAGAGAUAUCGCAAAUUUGAACUACGACCGAGUGAAUAUCAAAGCUCCUGAAAAUGAAUCUCUGAGCUGCAUCGUGAAAGACACUCGGAAGUGCCUCCGGACGAACGACCUGGUCAUAAGCCACCUCAGCUAUGACGACGUGAACGAAAAUGACGCGUCGAUCGAGAGCGCUCUGGAUUUGCUCUGGGAACGCGUGAAACCUUCCGGAGUGAUGAUAGUUCUGCUGGAGGGAACGUACCUAUACAAGAAAAUCGGGCACGGCUUAGCCCUGCUUUCGGUGAAGAAUGGUGGUUGUCUAUGAAGUGGGGUUCGAAAUGUACAUUGUUUGGAUU